AUGACUUUUCUAGACUCUAAACAACCAGUGUCGGCACAGUGGGAGUUCGAAGCUGAGAAGGAAGCCUCCCGCCAGUUUGUAUCAUCUGUGACGACGCCUCGACCACUGACGAAGAAAACAGUGACAGAGUCUGGACACAUUGAACAGUUAUGCAGCUGGAGAAAUGUGGGAUCCAGGUCUAACCUGGGGUCGUCAAGAGUGAAGACUGUUUCCACUCCAGGCACCAGCUCAGUUAACCGCUCCGAGAAGACCAUCGAGUUCUCACCAACAGUCAUCGUCGCAGUUACUCAAGGAAGGGGCACUGCUCAAGGUGAAGUGGGCGUGGCAGCUAUUGACUGUGAGUUCCCGAGUGUUGAAUUGUUCCAGUUCAGCGAUGUGCCUAUCUACAACUCCCUUGUGGCCAUUCUCCAUUCGCUGCACCCAUUGAAGAUCAUCCUUCCUUCAACCCUCUUUCCUCAUGCUUCGUCUCAUUCCUCUACGUCUUCUUAUAAUCUCGUCUGCCUUCUCAAUACUCAUUUCCCAUCUGUCCAGGUUGAGUCGUUUGAUCGCAAGUUCUUCAACGAGAACCAGGGACUGGCUGACAUUCGGCGCCUCUGUCAUGCAGAAUUCAAGGCUCAAGUGCUAGUUGAAGUUAGAGAGAAGUUCUACUGCCUGUCCGCUCUAGCAGCUGUAGUUAAGUAUGCUGAGUUCGUGCAGAGGGUGCUUUAUCACGCGCAAUCUUUGGCAUUCUCUUUUGCCACCAAUAGACAUUGUCUUCAUAUUCCGCAUUCCUCGGCUACGGACCUGGAACUGCUGAGACCCCUAGGACAACGCAAGUCGCUUCACAGCCUCUUUGGCUUCCUGAAUUGUUGCAAGACUCCUGGCGGACAGAGACUACUCCGCACUAACAUCCUUGUUCCUCCCAAGGAUCUAAACACAAUCGCAGACAGACAACAAGUGAUUGAAGAGCUGAUUUCAAACGAGGAUUUCCUGGGAAGAGUGCGGAGUCGACUGACUCAAUACUCGGAACUCUACCGUCUGCUGAACCUCUGCUCCAGAACUCCAACUUCGUCCGCCUCAGGACAGUGAUGAGCAUUCAAAGUGUUA